UCAGAAUUGAGAAAACUGUCUCUAACUAGGACAGGUUUGCAGUGGGUGUGGAAUACAAACACACACACACACACAAACAACAAUAUUGGUGGGCAGAAAGCAAUGCCGACAGCUGCACACAGGUUUAAGGACAUGCACACAAGGUUGUGACAUCCAGACACCUGGAGAUGCACCAGUAUACCUGAUGUCUGAAACAACAGGGAGCAGCAAGAAGAGACAAACGCGCACAACGACACAGCACACACACACACAGCAGGAAAUAAGGCAAGGGCGAUGUAAAUGAACCACAGAGAGAGAGAGGGAGGGAGUUCGAGAGCCGGAGAGAGCUGUAGCUCGAUUGUGCGGAGUUGCGGGCCACACUGACAGCCAGAUCGCGCCGGGCCAGUGCCAUGACACAGCAGUGAUGGACCCUCAGAACCGGGCUGCCCUGGAUAUCUCCACCCGGAACCCCCAGGAUGACUUCGAGAUCCUGCACAGGGUCGGGGGAGGGACGUAUGGAGAGGUUUACAAGGCACGAAACAAGCAGAGCGGAGAGCUGGCAGCCAUCAAAAUCAUCAAGACGGAACCAGAGGAUGACUUCUCCGUGAUCCAGCAGGAGAUUGUGAUGGUCAAGAGCUGCACGCACAGUAACAUAGUGGCGUACUUCGGCAGCUACAUACGCGCGAACAAGCUGUGGAUCUGCAUGGAGUACUGCGGAGGGGGAUCCUUGCAGGAUGUGUACCACGUGACAGGGCCCCUGUCAGAGCAGCAGAUUGCAUACGUGUGCAGGGAGAUGCUGAAGGGACUGGAGUACCUGCACAGCCAGAAGAAGAUUCACAGAGAUAUCAAGGGGGCGAAUAUACUUCUCAAUGACCAGGGAGAGGUCAAGCUGGCUGAUUUUGGGAUUUCUGCGCAGAUCACAGCCACGUUUGCGCGGCGCAUGUCUUUCAUAGGAACGCCAUACUGGAUGGCGCCAGAGGUGGCAGCGGUGGAGAUCAAGGGCGGCUACAACGAGCUGUGCGACAUCUGGUCUGUGGGCAUCACCGCCAUUGAGCUGGCGGAGCUGCAGCCACCCAUGUUUGAUGUGCACCCACUCAGGGUGCUUUUCCUCAUGUCCAAAAGUGGAUACCAGCCUCCCAAGCUAAAGGACAAAGCCAAAUGGUCUUCUGUGUUUCACAACUUCAUAAAGAUGAUGCUGAUCAGGAAUCCUAAGAAGAGACCCAAUGCCUCCAAGAUGCUCACUCACGUGUUUGUCACUCAGUCCAGCCUGAAUCGAACCCUCACGCUGGAGCUGCUGGAGCAGAUGAGGCACCCGGAGAAGCUGAAAGACUGCGUCCAGCUCGAGGAGGAGGAGAUGGAGGUGCUCCCUGGAAUCCUGAGGAGGAUCCGUUCCACCAACAGACACAACCAGGCGGAGCGCACAAACUCCGACAUCAGCUUGCAACAGAUCUACACCAAGAAGCCAAUGAAAUCAGAGCCCAACACACCAGUGGGAACGUUACAGAAGAGACAGGAGGAGAGGGGUGGGAACACCACAGACAGCAGGUUCUCAACCAGAGAUGAAAGCAUGGACUCUGAUGAUGAUGAUGAUUAUGACGACGUUGACAUUCCCAGCAAUUAUGACCACGACAGCAGGACACUGCAGGCUGAUGAGGUCCCGCCCCCUUUGCCACCCAAACCCAAGGCCCGCACCAGCUCUGAAGAAAGCAUGGCGGGAGAAGAGGACCGCUGCCGGACAGGAAAUUCGCUGUACAGCCCCUCCCCCAUCGUGCGUUGCUCCAGUAGCCCUAGGAACCGCCCGGUGCCGAGACCGCGCUCGGUCCGCAACGUCAGCUCAGACCCCACCCACCGCGUGACUCCAGUCGACAGCCCCCUGGAUUGCCAGCCCCCCCUCCUGCCCCCCAAAAAGGACAGGAAGCCCCAGCAACAGCGACAGACUCCCUCAGAGUGUCCCAGUCAGCUGUUAGCAAAGUCUCCAGUGUUUUUGAAGAAGGUAUUCAUCGGCUGCCCUCUGAAAAUUCACUGUUCGACAGCCUGGACCCACCCCAGCACAAAAGAUAGUCACUUAAUCUUCGGAGCAGAGGAGGGCAUAUUUACAUUAAAUCUUAAUGAGCCAGAGGCCACGCUGGAACUGCUUUACCCAGGAAAGUGCACGUGGGUCUAUACUAUCAGCAAUGUCCUCAUGUCAAUAUCAGGCAAGGCAUCUCAGCUCCACUCCCACUCUUUGAAGGAACUCUACGACCAGGCCCACAAAGAGUAUAGGCUGCCUACACACAGACUGCUGCCCAGAAAGUUUGCGGUGACCAGUAAGAUCCCGGACACCAAGGGCUGCAGGGCCUGCUCUGUGGCGCACAACGUUCAGCGCGGCUGCAUCUUCCUGUGUGGGGCUCUGGAGUCCAGCGUUGUCCUCCUGCAGUGGUACGAGCCCAUGCACAAAUUCAUGCUCAUCAAGCACUUUGACUUCCCCCUUCCCAGCCCCCUGCGCGUGUUUGUGAUGCUGGUGGUGCCUGACCAGGAGUACCCCUUGGUGUGUAUCGGGGUCACCAAGGGCCCCAGUGCCUUGCAGCCUAUCCAGCUGGAAAACAUCAACCUGAACUCUUGCACAUCCUGGUUCACCAGCACUGGGACAGGUAACACUGAUACAGGCACCAACACUGCAGGAGACACUGCCUUCAGAAAGAGUGUGCACAUGGUCAGCCUGGAGGGGGUGCUGAAGAGCAAGAAGAAGCAGCCUGAGGUCCCCUUCUCCUUCGCGGUCGAGUCUGUCGUGUAUUUCGAAGACAGUAUCCUGGCGCUGUGGAAGCAUGGCUGGCAGAGGAGGAGCACCAGUCUGCUGGAGGUCCUGCAGGAGUACACAGAUCUGAAGAAGACCUACAGACUGGUGGGCUCAGACAGGAUGGUGGUUUUGGAAACCCGAACGUCAGAGGACUCAUCCGCAAACAGUAACCUCUAUAUCGUGGAGAUUGCGGAGAGCAUUGUGCCCGUAUCGUGA